AUGAGAAAUUCUAAACAAAAACGAAAAUACUUGAAAUCUUUUUCUAAAACAAUUUCAACCGACAAUUCGAGAGUUCAUUUUGUGACGAGCAACCAGCAUGUUUCAAAACCACAGGUUUCUACGCUUCUUAAUAAGCUGCGUCAGGAAUCUCGAUCUAAAAACAACCAAAGAUCAACCGAGGCGUUGACGACACCAGCAUACAAGUAUUUAAUGAGAGAUUAUUUAAAUCAAGUUGAAAAUGAACAAAGGGAGAGGAUUGAAAACGAUCUGAGACUGCGUGUCUCAGGUCCGUUACCACCCAAAAGUUGGCGAGGUGCGUGGUAUUCCAAAACUAACAUGAAUGACUGUGGUAAAUUAAAAUCGCAAAUUGAAGUGCGAAGAGCAAAGAAAAAUGUUUGGAAUGAACUAUCGUCUUCCAAUGUUGAUCUGCCAUCACUCGCUACUAUUUGCAUAAAUACAAUAGCCAUAAACAUCAAAACUUAUAUUUCAUGUCCAUAUUUUUCAAAUUUGCCUACACAUCUAAAACAAAAUAUUCUUUCCUCUUUAAGCAUACACAACCCUCUUACCGAUGAUUUGCUUAAAUUGUUUGUAUCUGAUUCAGAAUAUGAUGAAUUAGAUCUAUCAAAUAGUAGCAUCUCUUUGGAAUGUUUGAAAAGGUCUUUUUGGAAAAUGGUUGAUGAUAAAGAUAUCGAGAAUGAUAUUGUAGAAGAUUGGGAAGUUCUAAUUGAUCGCUCUGAAAGUGAUGAUACCGAUUUUCUAUCAUUUCGAUAUUUUAAAUUACCAGAUUCUUCCUCAGUUGUGGGAAAGUCUGAGAAAGAUUCGAGAUCAUUGCCUACUAGAUUUAUUUCUAAAGUUCCUGAACUUUGCAGAUUGAAUGUUGGUUUUACUCACAACAUUCCUAUCAUUCCAUUGUCCAAGUUAAUUGCUUCAACUAUUCCAUUGCUUAGCCAUUUAUCAAUCGCAGGUUGUUCUAAUUAUGAAGACGGUCCUCAAGCAUUGAGAAUUUUUAGCACGGGCUUGAUAAAUCUUGUUUUUCUUGAGAUAUCCCAUAAUGACUGGGUAACUGAUAAUGAUGUUGAUAUAGUUAGAAAAAAGUUAUCAAAACAUAGAAGGGAGCCAAAAUCUGACGAGGUUAUGACUUUGACAAGUCAACCCGAUAGUGAUGAGUUGACGACACAAAGCACAUCACAACAGGCUCAAACGGAAUCUGAUCCACUGCCACAAGUUUCAUCAGAGGAGCAAGAAUCGACAGAUCUAAAAAUUCUAUCGACUAACGAUGAGGUUUUAACACAUAUAUCAGAAAUGAACCAACUCACAAUUCCUUGGCCGGAAGUUAAAGAUAUUAUUAGAGAGAGAUUUGAAAAGAUUUGUCAGGAAUCACAAUUGCCGAUUGCAAUAAAUGGCACAGACCCCGAACAAAUCGAUAAAGUUAAAGCCGAGAUCGAAGAAUAUAAACAAAAUAUUAACAAAAUGCUCGAUGAAUUUGAGAGGCCACCAUUCACGAUUCAAAGAACUGCCGAGCUAUUACUGAGACCUUUUCAGCAUCAUAAAACUUUGAUUAAGUGGCUUCGGGCUUUAGAAAAGGUAUUAAUGGUGCAAUCUUCUGUUGAUGAAUUUCCACCAGUUUUAAAUACCACUAUGGUAACAGAUAGAUUAGAGAUAAUGGAUGUAACUACUUCUCCAAAAUUGGUUCCAAUUACGUUUGCUCCUAAAAUAGAGGCUGUGACAAAAGAGGAAGGCAAGGAAGCUGAUUCGGAUGCUGAUAUUAAUGAAGAUAGUAGUGAAGAAGGUAGCUCAAGUGAGCAGACAAAAUUAGAGAACGCGGUGACUGGAGAAGACCAGAACCCUGUAGAGAAUGCUGAAGACACAGAGACAAAAGAAUCGCCUGUUGUUGCGGAGGUAAGUGAAGGUCAGGGGCCAGUGGCAAUGGACACCUCUGAUUAA